GUACUUAGGAUGUAUAUGAAAAAUAUCUUACUGAUGUUUUUGCUAUGUUUUAUGUACAGUUUACAAUUAUUUGCAACGGAGAUACCAGCAAUGAAAAUAACAAUUUCUAAAAUUUCGCCCGAUUUUAAAACAAUAGUAAUGGGUUUAUUUGAAGACAACGAAACCGUAAAUGAUGACGGAGUUUUGCAAGGAAAACAGGUCAUAGAUAAUAUAAAGCAAUUUAGCGAUUUCAAUGGAAGUUUUGGUGAAUUUUUCUCUACUGCUUUGCCAGAAGAAAAAAAUGUUAUAGUUGUUGGACUGGGUAAGAAGGAUGAAUGGAAUGAAAAUAAAGAAUUAAAUAUUGGUGGUAAAAUAUAUUGUGAGCUAAGCAGAUUAAAAAUUAAAAAAGCAGCGGUUUUAAUCGAAGGUAGUGCAGCAAAUGUUGCAUAUGGUGCGUUUCUGCGUAGUUUUAAGUUUGAUAAGUAUAAAACUAAAAAGGAUGAGAAAAUUACAGAGGUAGAGGAGAUUACCGUAUUAGUAAAAGAUGAACAAUUAAGUAAUGCUGAAAGAUCAUUUGAGCACUUAAGGCAAGAAGGUGAGAGUAUAUUCCUUGCGCGCUCUUUUAUAACAGAGCCUCCUAACAUUCUAUAUCCAGAAUCCUAUGCUGAUCAUAUAAAAAAAGAACUUACUAAGCUUGGCCUUGAAAUCGAGGUGCUUGAUAAAAAGCAGAUGGAAGAGAAAAAAAUGGGAGCCUUGCUUGGAGUUGCACAAGGAAGUAGUAAAGAACCAAAAUUAGUAGUGAUAAAAUGGAAUGGGGCUUCUAAAGAACAAAAGCCUAUAGCUUUUGUUGGUAAAGGUAUAACGUUUGACACUGGUGGAGUAUCACUCAAACCUUCACGUGGUAUGGAGUCGAUGAAAUAUGAUAUGGCAGGCUCUGCUACUGUGGUUGGGGUGAUGCAUGCUUUAGCAGGACGAAAAGCAAAAGUAAAUGCAAUUGGCGUGGUCGCACUUGCAGAAAAUGCAGUGGGUGGUAAUGCUCAAAGACCAAGUGAUGUAGUAACUUCAAUGUCUGGACAAACAAUAGAAGUGUUGAACACCGAUGCAGAAGGAAGGCUCAUACUUGCAGAUGCUUUAUGGUAUACGCAAGAUAGAUUCUCACCAAAAUUUAUGAUUGAUCUUGCAACUUUAACUGGUGCUAUAGUGGUUGCACUUGGAAAUAACGAAUAUGCUGGUCUUUUUUCAAAUAAUGAUGAAUUAGCAAACCGUCUGAUUGAUGCAGGAAAUGAAGUAAAUGAGAAGUUAUGGCGUUUUCCUAUGAAUGAAACUUAUGACAAAAUUAUUGAUUCACCGAUUGCUGAUGUUCAAAACAUCGCUCCUGCAGGCUCUGGUGGAGAUAGCAUAAUGGCUGCACAGUUUUUACAGCGUUUUGUGAAUGAAACUUGCUGGGCACAUUUAGAUAUCGCAGGCACUGCUUGGCACGAGAAAGGUACUGACAUUUGUCCAAGAGGAGCAGUAGGUUUUGGUGUAAGGUUACUUAAUAAGUUGGUUGAGAAGUACUACGAAGCCAAUGAUUAAAGGUCUUUAUACUGGAUUUAUGGCUUAGCUACAUGAGCGUUUAUUUUCGAGGCGCAGCAAAUGAAAGUAGCUGAUACAUAUUUCUUUUUUUCUGGAUUCCAGUGUCAGCUACUUUCAUGACACC